AUGCCAGAAGAUUCCAUAUCUCUGGACUUGGAGCGAAGACAAACCGAUGAGUUCGACAGCAUUGCCUCCAUUUACAGCGACAUUUUCCAAGAUAAGACCCCGACGGGGCUAGUUUGGGGAAAGAAGCCCAAUCCACAUUUUCAGGUCAGCUUGUCGUCUCGUAAUGUGGAGGAGAACCCAGAAGUGUCCAUAACGUUGGACAUCGAGUUCACACCGACUUAUCCGUUAUCUUCACCCAAGGUGAAACUUGUCGAGCCUCACAAUUUGCUCAAGGUCCACGUUAAGCAAUUGAAUGAAAAGUUGUCGGAAUUGAUCAAGGAAUACCUCAGAGAGGAAGUAUGUUUUACCGUUAUUUCCGAGCUCAUGUACCUACUAGACGACAUCCAGUCCAAAACUGUCAAAGUGCUCUCUCUAGAGGAAGAACGCGAGGAACGACUAAAACUGGAAAGGCAGGCCUUGGAAGAGAAGGAGCAGCAGCGGGCACGAGAGGGCGAAGAGGCCAUGUUUAGGCGGAAUCGCGAACUAAACGAACAGAUUCGGAUGAUUCGAGCUGACUUUGCCGAAACUCCAGCUGCGCGAGAAGAAGAUGGUGGUGGUGGUGUUGGUGGUGACGGCUCGGUUGAUGAUGUCCCGUUACCCUCAGAUACUAGUGAUUAUUUUUUGUUUGAAAAUGAACUAGAGGACAGUUUCUCGCAAACCGGCACCAGGUUCAAGUUUCGGGCCAUUCUGGGAUUCAUAAACUAUAGCAAAGGCGGACUCCUUGGCGACAUUGGCCAGCAAUACAUUGUAAAGCCCUACGUUUCCGAGGAAACGAGAUGCAAACUUGAACAAUUGGGGCUGGAGUUAUCCUAUCUCUUGACAGAGAUCAACCUUACUCAUAGCUACUGGCAGUCCGAUUGCGGCAAGCGCGAGAUCCAAGAGCUUGAAAAUCAUCUCCAGGAAUGCAGCAAAUUGCAAGAUUCCCACAUUCUCAAAUUGAUUGGUUUCCAAAUCGACAAAGUGGAUGGCUGGAAAAUACGGCUAUUGAAUGAGUUUUCGUUUGUGGCAAAGUCUCUACGCGAGUCCUUGCCGAAAAAGGGUCAUGUCGACUGGGCCUUGGCGAGAAGCUGGCUCAUUCAGAUCCUUCCCGUGCUUGAAUACUUGCACAACAUCGGGGUUAUCCACAAGCUGCUCAAUACCGAGACGAUCUAUUUUUUCGAAGAAGACCGCGAAUCCGGCGACGAACGGGUGGUUAAGCUCUGCCAUCCUUCGUAUGGGUAUAAGUUGAGGCAAAUGUUGGAGAAACACCCAAAUCCCAAUCCCAAGAAAAAGUUGGUCAAAUCUGAAAAGACGGCGCAUCAGCAGUCGGAACUCUGGACGGCGGCGCCCGAGCUACGAUCAGGGGGGAUAUACACUAAAAAGACCGAUAUCUGGGACCUUGGAAUCGUCUUUGCCAAAAGUCUUCUAGGCCGCAAUGUUUUGGGCACGUUGGAACUCACCACGCAGGAGCUUUCCAAAAGCAUUGUGCAAUGCGACAUCUUGAAGAAAGAAAAGAGCAGCAAGUACACCGACUUGGUGGGCGACUUGUUGUCAAAGAUGUUACAAGAUAAGCCGGCGAAACGGCCGAGUCCAAUCGAGAUCAACGCUCUCAAGUUUUUGAGAGAAGGUCCAGCGUUGGCGAAGCGAGAUGUUGAUGUUGACAUCAACGCAGAUGAUUCGGGACUCUUGAGCGAGACCAACAAUUACCUCCUAGAUUCGUCGAGUUCUUCUCCACCUCCUCCUCAUCAUCAUUCUGCGGCCAUUCUCCCACUGUCAAAGGAAAGUCAGGGAAACAUUUGGGUCGUUUCUGCUGGUAACUCCGGCUCCCGGGUGCGGAGCAGGUACGAACGAGAAUUUGAAGAGAUUGGCCGGCUUGGUAAAGGGGGGUUCGGUGACGUUGUAAAAGCACGUAACAAGAUGGAAGGUACUUUUUACGCUAUAAAGAAAAUCAAGCACCGUGCUGGCAAGCUCGAUUCUAUAUUGAAUGAAGUCUUGUCGCUUGCACGGCUCAAUCACCAGUACAUUGUCCGGUACUAUGGUACGUGGGUUGAAGAGUUGGACGAAGAUUCAUCGUGCGAUGAUUCAGUCAUAUCCUCAGUGACGGAAACACAGGAGGAGCAGGAGAAACAGGAGGGUACCCGUGGAAUGAGUUUACAGCGGAAAGUGACCGAGUCUCGCCCAUCUGCGUAUUUGACGCGAAACAGUUCGUUCCAAGUUGACUUUAUGUCUCGGUCGUUUAACCCGGGCAUUGAUCUCGACGAUAUUGACGCGGCAGAUUUCGAUGACGAUGACGAUGACGAUGACGAUGCCGAUGACGAUGCCGAGGAUGCUUUUGAGUUUGCAAACUCCAGCGGAAAGGAGGACGCCCGGGAUUCCAAUGAUGAAUGGAGCGUAAGUGACGAGAAGAAGAAGAAGGAUACAGAGAAGGACAAGGACAAAAGGAGGAGGAGCUCGAUGAAAGCUGAGAAUAAGCAGGCUGUCGUCAACUCAAAGAUGUCGAUGUUGUACAUCCAGAUGGAAUUUUGCGAAAACAACACACUCUUCAACUUGAUCCAGCAAGGGUUGCCCAAUAAUCCCAAAGAAUACUGGAUGUUGUUUAGACAAUUGCUCGAUGCGGUGUCGUAUAUCCACAAGGAAGGAUUCAUCCAUCGCGACUUGAAACCCGUAAACAUCUUCAUCGAUAGAUCAAAUACCAUCAAAGUUGGAGACUUUGGAUUGGCGAAAAACUCGCAGAAUUUGUUGCCAACUAGCCUGCUGGGUCAGGGUCAGUUGGACUCGAGCUUGAUAGCCAAGACGAGAGGCGAAGACUUGUCCACAAUUGUGGGGACAGUUUUAUACACCGCGCCCGAGGUGGCGUCGGGAAACUACGAUGAAAAAGUCGACAUGUUUUCACUUGGUGUGAUUUUCUUUGAGAUGUGUUAUCACUUGUCUACGGGCAUGGAGCGGAUACAGACAUUGACAAAACUACGCGAGCAAGAAUUUCCCCUGAAUUGGAAGAACUCGCUUGAAAAGAAAAUAGUCAAGCAGUUGCUAAGCGCGGAUCCCGAGCUGAGGCUAGGUGCUGCAGAAUUAUUGCAAAGUGGUUGGCUCCCCGUUGAGCAACAGGACCAAGUGGUGAGAGAAGCCUUGAAGUCAUUAGCUGACCCGGCCUCACCUUGGCAGCAGCAAGUGCGUGAAACACUCUUUAAGCAACCAUAUUCACAAGCUCGAGACGUGCUUUACGAUAGCAACCCGGGAGGACCCCAACUAUCGUCGGACGAUGUCUUGCUUCAAAAUAAGCUACUCGGAGAUUUGGUAAAGAUAUUUAAAAGACAUGGAGCCGUGGAGAACUUGAAUUUGAAUUUGAUCCUUCCAAAAGCUCCCUCGCUCAUGAGCAAUCCAGUUUGCGAAGUAUUGGACUCGAGCGGAUUUGUUGUCACCUUGCCUUUUGAUUUGACCAUCCCCGUGGCAAGGUCCAUCAGCAGAAAUUCCUUGACGGUGAGGAAGUUUUACCGCCACGAGUUUGUUUAUCGCCCCAAUUUGCGAAGUGCCGGUGCUCCUGACAAGUACAGUGCCAUGAAUUUCAACAUUGUCAGCGAUGACCGAGACGACAUUGUGAGCAAUGACGCCGAGUGUUUGAAAAUCGUUGAUGAGAUAUUGGGCAUGGUUGCCAAUGUGCCUUCUAAAAAGAAAAAAAUCAUCAUGGUGAACCAUUACGACAUCAUUGACGCUGUCAUUUCUUUCACUUUUGAAAAUGUCAAGUUUGACGACAAAAAGAUUGGCGCCGUGGCCGGCCUUUUAUCGCAGUUGCAAGUAGAUAAACUGAUCAAGGAAGUGCGCAAGGCUCUACGUGACGAGCUCAAUGUGCCGUACACGGUGGUUGAAGAUCUUUUAGAAAAUUUUAAUUUCACUUGUUCGAUCCCUGAAGCACGUCACAAGUUGCAAAAAUUAAUGAUUGACUCGCCGCACUUGGCCAAGACCGAACGGGCAUUUGUCCAUUUAUCUAAAGUGAUGGGCACUUUGAAGCAAUUCGGAGUCUCUACGGGUGAAAUCGUGUUGAAUCCGUUGAGCAAUUACGAUAACCAUUACUACCAGCACGGCCUCAUGUUCCAAGGUCUUUUUUCUGUCCAGGGGUCCAAGAGAGUCAACCGAAUCAUAACUGGCGGCCGCUUUGACUCAUUGAUCAAAUCUUUUUCUUCGGAAAUAUCAAUGACCAAGACAUCAACACCUCAACUAUUGCACGGCAAUGGUGGUACGCCGCAUGGAGUCGGGUUCACGCUCACCACUUCGUUUUUAUUCGAGUGGACCAAAAACAUGAUACUGCGGAAAUCGAGCAAAUCGGGACAACCGUAUUUCGGUAGUCGGUGCGAUGUGAUUGUUACUUCCACAGACCAGAACAACAUCAACAAGAUUGGAUUUGAAUUGUUGGGCAAACUAUGGUCCAUGAACAUCAGCGCCGACAUCAUAACCAAGGCGAGACCUCAAGACGAGCUACUCUUGCACGCCGCCGAGGCCGGCUCAAAGUGGAUCAUCUUGAUACGAGGCGGGGACGUGUACAAGAAAUCGAAAAAGCCAUCGGGUUACAAGCCAUUGAGAGUGCGCAACCUCGCCACUGGCAAGGAAGUAAGCUGGGACACUUUUGAAGACGUGUCGCGGUUCAUACUAGAGUCAAUCGCCAACGAGGAGAAACUCAUGGAGGAUGACUCCCUGGCCAAGCCGGAAGCCGUGUUGGAAAAUACCAGCGACGUGGUUGAAGAAGUUGACGCCGUCGACUUGAAUCAAAAGUUCACCGUGAUCAAUAACGAGGCUCCACGAGGCCGCAAGAACAAGCGUGACAGAUGGGAAGAUGAGAGCAUAGCUAAAUCCGUUGGCUCUAAAACCGUGCAAAGCUUAGCCCAGGGCCCCGUUUUGAUAUUUGACAUCAGAGAUGAAGUCUUGGAUAUGAUUGGGGUCACCUCGAUUCACCAGCAGGAUGAAUGGAUCAGAAAAAUUGUGUUUGGCGCCAAUAACUUGCCCAAGAGCUUUGCUUUGAAUAUUCACAAUGCCUUGGUGAAGGAAUCGGCCAAGGGCCACCGAUGGUGUAUCUUGGUUGCUUCGCGUACGCAACAUACUGCCAUUGUUGAUCUCCAGCGAUAG